UUGAAUAAAAUAAAAAUAUAUUUUUUGCAUCAUUCAGUUUGUAUUUUCCUCCUGACUUUAUUUCUGGUUUUUGGUCUCCAGAUGUUUCCCACCUGUCCGCGCUGCGCGGGUCUUUAUCCGUCAGCGCGCUCACUGGUUCUGGCAGCUCGUGUCUCGCGAGAGCAGCUCGAAAGCCACGAGCCCUGACGAGAUCUGAGGCUCUCAGGUGUGAGCGGCUCUCUCAUCCUCGGCAGAGAGAGGAAACAGGAGACAGAGGAGCGCGUCUGAGAGUCUGCAGGCGUCUCUGUGAUCUCCGGCGCGAGGCUGCCGCACUACAGAGCGCGCGCUGCAGCGCAUCAUUACCGGGAUUCUGUGUCUGACUCUGGCUUCCCCCCCGCCGCUUUUAUCUGUUUUUUUUUWAUAUWUUUUUUAUUUUGUGCACUUUAACUGGAGCUCGCCAAGAUGAUGUCCAUGAACAGCAAACAGGCGCACUUCGCCAUGCAUCCCUCCCUGCCCGAGCACAAGUACACCACCCUGCACUCCAGCUCGGAGGCGAUCAGGAGAGCCUGUCUGCAGACUCCACAGCUGCAGAGCAACAUCUUCGCCAGCCUGGAUGAGACCCUGCUGGCGCGCGCCGAGGCUCUGGCCGCCGUGGACAUCGCCGUGUCCCAGGGCAAGACGCACCCGUUCAAGCCGGACGCCACCUACCACACCAUGAGCACCGUGCCGUGCUCGUCCACGUCCACCGUGCCGCUGGCGCACCACCACCACCACCAUCACCACCACCACCACCAGAACCUGGAGCCCCCGGACAUCAUGGACCACAUCGGCUCGCCGUCCCUCACCCUCAUGUCCAGCGCGCACGACGGGACGGGCGGAGGCGGGGGCGGCGGUGGAGGCGGCGGCGGAGGCGGAGGGCUCAUCUCCACCUCCUCCGCCCACGCGCACCCCCACAUGCACGGCCUGAGCCACCUCUCCCACCAGGCCAUGAGCAUGAACUCGUCGCUCACCCACCACGGGCUGCUGCCGGGCCACCACGGGCCGGGCCAAGGCGGCCCGGGCCUCACGAACCCCGGCCUGCCCUCCAUCAACGACUCGGACACGGACCCGCGCGAGCUGGAGGCGUUCGCGGAGCGUUUCAAGCAGCGGAGGAUCAAGCUGGGGGUGACCCAGGCGGACGUGGGCAGCGCCCUGGCGAACCUCAAAAUCCCCGGCGUGGGCUCCUUGAGCCAAAGUACAAUUUGCCGGUUCGAGUCCUUGACUCUGUCCCACAACAACAUGAUCGCGCUCAAACCCAUCCUCCAGGCCUGGCUGGAGGAGGCGGAGGGCGCGCAGCGCGAGAAGAUGAGCAAACCGGACAUUUUCAACGGCGGGGAAAAGAAACGCAAGCGGACCUCUAUAGCGGCCCCGGAGAAGAGGUCCCUGGAGGCCUACUUCGCGGUCCAGCCGCGGCCCUCCUCCGAGAAGAUCGCGGCCAUCGCCGAAAAGUUGGACCUGAAAAAAAACGUGGUGCGCGUCUGGUUCUGUAACCAAAGACAGAAACAGAAGAGGUUGAAAUUCUCUGCGACUCACUGAUGAGAGGGGACAAAAUAAAAAGGGACAGAACA